UGGCAUUUUGGAAUGGGCACCGCACCCUGAAUGCUACGGCCAUUACUGGAAAUAGUGAGAGAAAUAAAAAAUAGUGGACUAGGCUGGUUGAUCUUCUUUAAAAAACGAUUCUGGAUUGAAAACGACUAAAGGAGGUACUAAAGAGUGACCACCGUAAAUUAGGGGAUCUGUUCUUCAGAUCAUUGCCCAGGGCUUACCUGGACACACCUUUUAUUAACACAGAUUUGAUAAAUUUAGAAAGCUAUCAUAAUGACGGAGUUAGAACAACUAAGACAAGAGGUUGAUACCCUCAAAAAUCAAAUACGAGAUGCCAGAAAAGCAGUCAACGAUAGUUCCCUUGCUACCAUCACAUCUAAUAUGGACUCAAUAGGAAGGAUCCAAAUGAGAACUAGACGCACACUUCGAGGCCACUUAGCCAAAAUCUAUGCCAUGCAUUGGGGUUCAGACUCAAGCAGAAACCUAGUGAGCGCAUCACAAGACGGCAAGUUGAUAGUAUGGGAUUCUCAGUCAACCAAUAAGGUCCAUGCAAUUCCCCUGAGAUCUAGCUGGGUUAUGACCUGUGCCUACGCACCAUCGGGUAGUUAUGUGGCAUGCGGUGGUCUGGAUAAUAUCUGUUCAAUCUAUAGCCUCAAGACGAGGGAAGGAAAUGUCCGCGUCAGCAGAGAAUUGCCAGGGCAUACCGGUUACCUUUCAUGCUGCCGUUUCAUUGAUGAUACCCAGAUUGUAACUAGUUCAGGAGAUAUGUCAUGUGGCCUUUGGGACAUAGAGACAGGGCAGCAGACGACAGGUUUUACCGGGCACACAGGAGAUGUGAUGAGCUUGUCAGUGUCAAACGACAACCGGACGUUCGUGUCCGGUGCUUGUGAUGCCUCUGCAAAACUAUGGGAUAUAAGGGAAGGCAACUGCAAGCAGACAUUCACUGGUCACGAAUCAGAUAUUAAUGCCGUAACAUUUUUCCCAAAUGGCCAUGCCUUCGCCACCGGCUCUGACGAUGCCACCUGCCGGUUGUUUGACAUCCGGGCCGAUCAAGAGCUGAUGCUAUACUCGCAUGACAACAUCAUCUGCGGCAUCACGUCGGUAGCUUUCUCAAAGAGUGGUCGUCUGUUGAUGGCUGGAUACGACGAUUUCAACUGCAAUGUCUGGGAUUCUAUGAAGGGAGAGCGUGCAGGUGUGCUGGCAGGCCACGAUAAUCGCGUCAGCUGCUUGGGAGUGACUGAUGACGGCAUAGCAGUAUGCACAGGCUCCUGGGAUAGCUUCCUCAAAGUCUGGAACUAAACACACCAUCUCCCGUGAGCAAUAGGGGAGGGGGUUACCCCCUGACCAGCUAAUGAGGGGUACACACUCUUAACCCCCAACAGCUCCCGAGAACAGUUUCUAUCUUCAUGACCCAUAGCCAAGUAAAGGGGGCACCCCCCGUUGCAGGGGGGGAAAACUUAAAGGAUUAAUGCACUACUUUGCCCACUUCUUUGGACCCUGUUUUUGAUUGUAGUGCAUCGGUGCACGUGUAGGGCUCUGCCAAUGAAAAGGGAUAUAUACUAAAACCAUUGAGUGAUGUCAGAUUUCUUAAGAGUUGGGCGGGGUUGUGUGUGUGUGUCCGUCCGAGUGCUUAAGUUUAGCGCUUCGUUCAGACAGUAUCUACAUUAAAUGCGCACGUGUUGAGAAAAAAUGGAUACCAAGUGUUAGUGGUCUUAUCGAAAGUAAUAAAUUGUGCACGACACGCUCAGAGGAUGUGGGGAGACAGAAAUGGAUUUUAGAUCUGGGCGGGGGAAGGAGGGACGAACAUUGAUUCGUUUUUUAACUUCCCGUAGAAGGCGUUCUCGUGGGUUAGUGCUCAACUUUAAAAAUUCCAGGCGAAGGAGAUUAGCUAUGACCGUAAAGUGUGCGCUAUUUGUGUAAAUAUUUUUGUUUUUAUUUGGUCUGUAUUAACUAAUUUUGAAUCUGCGUAGUUGGCAUGUGGAGAGUGGGCGGGGCAGGGGGAGGGGGAAUGUUUCUUUAGGAAAGCAUGAGCGAGUCUCCGAGUUUUUGUUUACAAAAGUACUAACUGGCCAUUUUAAAAGAACGAAGUUCCUCGAUGCUUCUUACCUAUUUUCAACUAGUUUUUGUAAUCUGUGAGUGAAACUUGACACAGACUGACUUUAAAAGUAGUAAAAAAACAAAACAACAACCAAAAACCACACACCUCUACAACGUAACAAAUAACAGUUAUCUUCUUCGCUGGAAUUUUUAAGGAAUCUCAUAAACUAAUAACGGAAUAAUCUUUUGUGUUUUGGGUUUUAAAGUAUAUAUAUAUUAAACUCAAAAGAAAUAUGAAUAGCCCAUUUUAUCUUAUACAUGUAUCCAUCGUAGAUGCAUGUACAAGAUCAAUUUCAUUUUUUAAUUUCACAAGUGGUUAAGUGUUGAAUAGAAUUGGGUGGCAUGGGGACUGUGUAGAUUUUUCACCACCAUUACGAUAGUUUAGCUAAUCCCACAGAAAGUACGGUUUAAAAGAAGAAAAAAAGAGGAAAAAAAAAAAAAAAAAGGUAACAAACUUAACCUCUGCAUGUGUGACACAGUGGUUAAUAUUUAUGUUCAGGAUAUUUUUUUUGUUUCUCUCUUUAUUGUUGGUAUCAUUUGUAUACGCCGCCGUUUGGGACAGAAUUUAAACCAAGUAAAAAAAUAAACUAUAUUAAACUUGAGAGUGAUGACGGUGAAAUAUAUCCCUUCUACCCAGGCUAGUUUGCAGCAGUUAGUUCCUGGCUUUAAUGGUUUCAGAGGAGUGUUUCUUCUUCGUAAAGGAAGGAAAUGUAUCUGAGAUAUAUACAUAAAAUGAUCGGUUAAAAGGAAUCUAAGGUUAUGGUUCAAUUCUCGAUGUUGGUUAUGAAAAAUACUGGGUCGGAAAAUCUGCUGCUGGAUGGUCGGCCUUCUCUUUGAGCUGAGCUAAAAGCAUUGCUUGGGAGAGAGGGGUCAUUUCAUUCCUCCAGUGAUAUGCUUCAUGGUCAUUGGGCAGAAUGACUCCCUAGUGUUAUAACUCUUCUCACCCUUGGUUUGAGAAAGAGUGUAAUAAACAAAAAUGCUAAUACAUUUUUAUCUUGAUCGAAUGCCUUGAUGUCUGGAUAAAGUUUGGUGUAGUUUUACGUCGUUGAGUGUUUUUUUUCGGGGGCAGUAUUUUGUAACCACUUAGUAUUUUUUAUUAUUCAACUCAGUGAGGUGGAGCAACAGAUUUAUUACACUCACCAAUUUAAUUUGGUUUUUAGUAUUUAUACAACCAUUUUAACAUGUUAUCUCUCUUACUGGCCUGUUAAUCAUCAUAAAAACAUACUCAGUAUGCUGGUGGAUAUGAUUUUGGAAUUGCGUUGAAUUUUUUAUUCAACCACAGAAAGCACUCUUUAAUAUAUUAUAGUAUACAGACUUUUUGGUUCUAAUGUUGCAUCGGUUGGAAGCUCAUGUGAAACAAGAAGCUGCUUGCUCACACAAAGCUCUGCCUGUAUUUCUAGGCUUUUUUUCUCAAUCUGGCUGGCAAAGUGUGCUCACAGCACCUGGGAGACUAUCCCCUUAACCCAUGGCUGCUAUAAAUAGCAUGUGAUGUCGUCGGCCCCCUUCCCCUCAAUACCAGUGUACAUCACAUUGGCUUUGCUUUUUUGUAGUGCGGCGAAGCUUUUAGUGGAUUGGGUUAGUGGACUGGAUUAGUGGAUUGGAUUAGUGGAUUGAGUAUAAUAUGAUAAAGUUACAAUCAGCAGCUGCAGAUCAGUGAGAACUCAUCUUGUAAAGAAAGGUGGUAGUUCUGUCUUUUCUUUUAUUACGGCACACGCUAAAGAAAAAAAUCUAAAUAAGUAAAAAAUAUAUAAAUAGUAGCUAUACUUGUAAGUUUUUUGGGGGCAGGCUUAUUAAUAUAGGUAUUUGUUUAUUUUGGAAAGUGAAACAAUAUGAUAUACCUUGUGAAAUCUGGUUAUUGAAAAAAAAUCGUGGGGUUUCGUGUAUGAAUUUAUUGCCAGUCUUGAAGCUGAAUUGGGUUGAAAACGAAACGACAAACAUGACACGUUAGUCCAAAUGUUUUUAAUGAAGCAGAAAUUAUGUAUAUCUGCAAGUUCUCAUGGGGGAUUAUGUGUAGUGUUGUGUACUAUCGCAUAGUCGCACGUGAGGACGUUGGAUUCUUUGUGUAUUAAUAUGAUGUAUGUGUAUUUAAGAAAAAAAAUUAAUAAGAAAGUAAAAAAAAAAGUCAUGAAUUUUAACACUUAUUAAUAGAAAAAAAAUUGCAUAGCCAUCAAGAUAUAGAUCCUUUUCAUCCUAAACUAGUACACUUUUGUAUCAUGGACGAAAAAAAAAAUUAAAUUGUGACUUGAAAUGACGUGAACGUUUAAAAUCUGUGUAACAAAAAAAAAAAAGAAAAAAAAAAGCUAUGUGUGCAGGGUUUUCACUUUGUAAUUUGGUCGGACACCCAUCUCUCAAUGCUUCUGUAGAUCGUUGUAGGGGAAAAUCUGGGAGUGGGGAGGGGGGAGCGGGGAGAGUCACAAAGCUGUUGACGAUUUUAAGAAAAUCAUUUCUUUUGUGUGUAACACUGGUAGGAUUUCAAUUUAAAAAGAAAACAAAAUACGGAUGGCAUUUUUGUCUUACAGAGCAGAGAAAGAAAAUAUAAAAAAAAAAGAAAUGUUGAAAAAAAAUCAAAAAAAAUCUGUGCGCAAACAUUUUGUAGAUAGUGAUCGUAGACUGUGUAGUCGGGACGCCAGUACUGUAUGCGGUACCCUCAUAACAUGUGCACCAUUGCUGUUGAUUCUAUGGGCCACCUUGGGUGCCACGUUCUCGAUUAUAUUAAAGAAAGAAAAACACAAUUUGAGUGGUCGUAAUUACUUUGUAAUACAUGUAAGCUAGCGUUCUUGCAUUACUCUCACAUUUUUUUUUUUUUUCUGUUUUCCUUUUUGAGGUAGAAUUGUUUGUUAAUAUCACAACAAUGUGGCCCUUGGGGAAAAAGUGUACACUUUUUAAUAGUGUCGGUGUUAUAUGGAGAUUGCUAGCAGCCCACGAAGACCUAAUUAAUGUACUUUUGAUAUAGAGUUUGUGUAUAGGAUAUUUGUCUAAACGAUUCCUUUUUUUUCUUCAAUUCUUGUUUGCAGCCACGAAAAGAUUACUAAAUGUGAAUCUGUUUCUUAGUAGUAGCACAUCAUCAUCAGACUGCCUUGACAUCUUAUUUACCAUGCCGUGGCCUUCUUGUUUUGAGUCUCUUCUGUGAACCAAGUUCCAGGAGGCUCAAUGAGUCAGGCACCGUGACCAAUACAGACUGGUACCUUGCGAUGUGAUGGCUGAUUAUGCACUUUGUAUCUGUGUCAUGCCUUCCAGCAUUCACACCAGAAAUAGUCUGGUACCUAUGACGUGGCGGCCCACUGUUAAUCCGUGCCAUGUCGACAGCGGGGGUCUGACCCAAGAUGGCCACUGCAUGGAUAAUAUGUCAUGGCAGUUUAUUUCACUGUAUCGUUUUUAUAUGCAGGGCUUUUAUUGUGAGCUGCACCGUUCACAGAUCCGCUGGUUCUCAACUUGGCAAAAACUGCUAAGCUUGGUGGAAGUGUACUUAGCUGAGCAAAUAAUGCUGAUUACCAGUUAAUGUGCAAUGUAGAUCUAUCAGUGUUAUAGCUGGCGGUCACUUUAAAAUGCUUACUACACUAAGUGGCUAGCCCACACCCUGCUUAGCAGUUUUAGAUAAAAACCAAGCAAUGUAGAGGUAAAAUUGUUUUUCAAAUUUUUUUUCGGGGCCAAAAAAUACAACUUUUAAUUCACCUUACGAUUGAAGGUAUGUAAAUAAAGUUAAUGGACCGAAAAUAUACCCCCGCAGGGGUUUAUCAUGCAAGCGCCAUCUUUGUCUGGUUACCUGCGCUCACCUGCACAAUUGUAAUACUAGUUCUGGGUGCAAAAAAGGGUGCCAGGCUGUUGUCCAUCCAUGCUUGGUUUUGGUCCAUUAAGUAGUUCCGAGUUUGGGAACAGCGGGUCCGUUUUAAAAGUCAAUAGAUACUUUGAAAGAAUUUUAUCUGUCGCACAGAAACUGUAAAUUGCUUCUUUUCCAGAAUUUGCAUAUGUGUGUUAGCAUGUAUGUAGAUAAAGCCCUAUGUGCUAUGGACUCUUGUAUGCGUAAUAGACUUUUUACACUUUGCACGGAUGGAAAAGUUCACACAGUCAAACCGGAGGUUUUUACAGUAAAAAGCUAACAAGAAUUGUUAAACAACCAGAAGGGAGAACAUUAAUUGAUCAGGAUACUUCAGUCACUGGAUUAAACACUAUUUGAGUACCGGUACACUAGGCACUGUUAAAUGGGUGAAAAAUGUCAAGCCAAAUUUAAAUGCAACUUCUAAAAUUUGCUAAGCCAAAUUCUGUUUUAGCAAAUUUCAAACGAUGACACAUUUUCUAUGAAGUUUCAUCUGCAUCUUGUCAGCUGUAUGGUAUCCAAACCUGCUAUGUAGUUCAAACAAAGUUUUAGGUGAUAAUUGCAAUUGAAUGACUUUGCCAAAAUGCCAAUCAUUAGCUUUGUUAUGUCAAUGCAUUAAACUGGCACUGCUUUUUAAUUGGAAAAUAACACCAGAAGUGACCUAUGCAUUUACUCACAGCUCUGUGCUUCUGAAGUUGCGCUGCCUGGUAGCGCAGCCAUGAAAUGCCUGGGUUUGAUUGUACGUCAUUCGGAACAGAAGUAAAAUGUCUAUUGUGCAUCUCGUAAAAGUCAUGCCAAGGGUCUUGUACUCCUUAAUCAUUAUUCACUGUGAAGUUGUUUUAAAAUAAAUAAAAAGGGGGAAAGUGAAAAAAAAAAAAAAAAAAAAAGUGUCACCAACAUCUUGCUCAAACUUUCACGGGCGCAAUUUAAAUGCCUUGUUUUAUUUGAUCUCUGAAUAUGAUUAAAAAAAACGUUAAGUGUACAGUUAUAAUUGGAUAUAUCAAUGUAGUAAUAGCAGAAAAGUGUAUUAUUAAAAUGAGGAGCCUCUCUGGAUUUAAAAACAAAA